AUGUCGGCCUACACGUCGUCGCCGCACGGCUACCAGAGCAUCCACAGUCCGACAACCAACGACCUCCAACUUCCACCUCAUCACAGCCUUCCCCCGCCUCCUCAGUCGUAUCCGUACGACCCUCAAUCAGCUUCACUACAGCCCCCGUCGCCCUAUAGCAAUGGACAUACAAACGGACAUGGAGAUGGUGACGUGCAGCAGUCCAUUCCCCCACCACCCCCCGCGUCUGCGAGCGGAGAUGCGCAGAAGGGAAAUCGUCUACGAAAAGCUUGCGAUUCCUGCAGCAUCCGGAAAGUAAAGUGUGACGAGUCCGGAAUUCCCUGUCGAGCUUGCUCGGCCUUGGAGAUCCCAUGCACCUUCAAUCGACCCAGCAGACGACGAGGACCCCCCAACCGACACGCAGAAGCUAUCAAGAACAACGAAGCCAACAAGAAGAGACGCCUCGAGUCCCCGUCCGGUCCUGGCAGCAUGUCCUCUCCAACCUCUCCUAACAAUAUCGCCGAGACCCUUGUGUCCUUUUCCUCUGGCGCAGUCCUCAACGCCGAAUCAAUCUGCUCCCUCCCAACCCUCGAACUCCUGAUUGAUGACUUCUUCACAUACAUUCACCCAUUAUGUCCGUUCCCCCACGAGCCCUCCUUUCGGAGUGCUUUCCUUGAUCGGCGGGACCUUUCAAGCCCGAGCUACCUGGCCCUUUUGGCAUCAAUGGUUGGUGUAUUGGUUGCCUCCUUCCCUCGGAGACCACGAUUACAUCUCAAGGCUGCGCAAAGUGAACACCUCUUUCCGAACUCUAUUAGCUUCGUUGAGAAGUGCCACAAUAUCGCAACCCAGGCAAGAGGCGCGGGCUACCUCGACAACCUGGGCCUCAGUGUCUAUGAUGCCAUCACAAGCUAUUUCCUUGGACUGUCGGGCGCAUACACCUUCAAAUGGAAGCAGACUCGUCUGUACUUUGGAGAAACCUUGACGAUGUUGAGAGUCAUUGGCGCUCACAGGGCCAAGAAUCAGAACUUCAUACCCCUGGGUUCUCUCGAAGCUGCAGUAGGAGGCGCGAACGGCUUUGAACAACCUCCGCCAGAAAAGGUUGACUAUAUCAAGCAAGAAUUAGGCCGCCGAGUUUUCUGGGUCAUGUUUGUUGGUAUUAGAUCAAUGCAACAGAUUGGUGGCAGUUUCGGCGAGCUUCUCAUUCCCCCGCCAACCAAGACUGAACCAUAUCCCCCUCUGCCCUUGGAGGUCGACGAUGAGUACAUCUUCGAGCAGUACAUUCAGCCUCAACCACCAGGAUCAAUCUCCAAGUUGACCGCUUUCAAUCUCAACUGUCAAAUUUUUGAAACGGUCACUCCCCUUGCCACCAUGGAGCUGGCGUACGGUAUCGACUCUGUUUUUGACAUCAACAAGCAAAAGCAAGUCAUGGAAGGAUGUUUGCGGGCAGUCAAGAGAGUGUUAAACAAUGUUCCAAGAGAGUUAAUGCUUGAACCAGGCUCAAAAGCUGGUGAAUUCGCAACAUCAACAUCAUAUUACCCGCCAAUGCCAGCCUACACAAGCAUGCGGACUAACGGCAAUGAUGGAAUGCAGGGUAUGCAAGAGAAUUUGGAGAAUAGAAGAAGACUACAGUUCGAGAUCCAAAAAGCCAACAUCUAUGCAAGUCAACUUGGAACGAGAUCAUUCAUCGUCGAAAAGUAUUGGAGCCUAGAGACUGCUUACGAAGAGAUGAUGAGAAGCACGGGAGGAGGAAGUAACCUCAGCUCGCCUGGUGUCAUUGCGAUAGGUCUGGAUGGGAUGGUUCCUAAACAGUCACCAAGUAAGGCUGACGAGAUCAACAUUUCCAAUGAACGCGAGAGUGUCGUCAAGGAUCUGCUCCAGCUACUUGGCAGCAUUAGCCAGGUUAACAUGGAGCCAAAUGGGGCCAGUUUUAUCAACAAGAUUCGUCAAAUCGCUUCAACCUUGCUCGAGACGCCCGAAAAUCGGAAGGGUCCCAUGGCUAUGCGAGGACAAGCAUAUCUCAAGAAGUUCCUCGACGUCUUGAUGAAACUUGAACGGAUCAGUCCCGGCCCACUAACCGACAGUCGCGAUCCCGCCGAGGUUGAGGAAGAAGAGCUGCGCAAUUGGGCAGAUUUGAGGGAGAAUCAGAUGCAGUUCUUGAAGGCUGGUGGCUUCUUGAGCGAGAUCUGA